UUCUCUCUCUCUCUCUCUCUGUCUGUCUUUCUUACUUGGACUGUUGGUGGUGUCAUUUCUCUACGCGGGAAUCAUUGUUUGUUAUUAUAUACAGGAUGGAUGGUCCAGCGGUGUUGUCGAUGCCACCGUUGACCGGAAGUCAAAAGUCGACAGCACAAUCAUCUCAAUCGCAAUCUCAUUCUAAGCCGAAUCAAGAGUUACAGGUUGGUACGGUAUCGCUUUAUGGGAUUCACAUCGUUUCGUUGGUCAUCGAAGGACAAGAAAGACUUUGCCUCGCGCAAAUAAGUAAUACCUUGUUGAAGCAAUUCAGCUAUAACGAAAUUCAUAAUCGUCGAGUUGCAUUGGGUAUUACUUGCGUGCAAUGUACACCAGUUCAAUUAGAGAUACUUCGGCGUGCCGGUGCAAUGCCAGUGUCCUCGAGAAGAUGCGGAAUGAUUACUCGAAGAGAAGCUGAAAGGCUUUGUAAAUCUUUUCUUGGCGAUAAUGCUCCUCCUAGGUUACCAGAAGAUUUUGCAUUCUCCGUUCACCACGAGUGUGCCUGGGGUUGCCGGGGUGCUUUCUUACCAGCACGUUAUAACAGUUCCAGAGCUAAAUGUAUCAAAUGUGCUUAUUGUGGUUUAUUCUUUUCGCCGAACAAAUUCAUCUUCCAUUCGCAUAGAAUCGGCCCGUCGGACAAAUACGUACAACCAGACGCGGCCAAUUUUAAUUCAUGGCGACGGCAUAUGAAACUUUCCGGUAAUCCACCGGACGAGGUGGUACAUGCUUGGGAAGAUGUUAAAGCCAUGUUCAAUGGUGGCACGAGAAAGAGAUUAUUGAGUAAUCCGAAUUCCCGAGAAUCACCUAGUCCAGCUAAACAACCAAGAUCAUCGCCUACCAUGCCGGUUUCUACUCUCGUAUCUUCCCCAACUCAUCCGAGAGUACCGCCAUUCCCGGAAUUACCAUUACCUUUGUCCAGGAGUCUCGUCAUGGAUUAUGUUUGGCAUCAACAUCAACAGGCAGCAGCUGUAGCCGUAGCCAAGACUCCAGGAUUUGCUUUUCCACCCUAUGCUUUACCUUGGCUCGCUAAGAGGAGCCCGGUUCUGUUUCCAGGACCAAUGGCACCACCAAUAAGUGGUUCCAGCCCAACCGAACCUCCCCUGAUACCAACGAUGAAUCCUCCGUUACAUCAAUCAGCAUUCCGACCAGUGAUUCGUGGUCCACCGAUCGGUGAACAAUCACUUGCUCUUCAAGAAACAUCUCAAGAUGCUCAUUCCAAUAGUAAAGAGGAAAACUCCGACGACGAGGUUGACAUCGAAACGACGGAAGAUGAUCCAGCUACUCCGCUUAACGCAACUCUUCACAAUCUUCAUUCUGCUACUAAUUCUAGUAUUGGUAAUCAUGCUACAGGAAGAAAUGCAUCUCCUCAAUGUUGGAGUCCACCUCGGGAAACGGAACGAGAAGCGGAGAAAAUAGCUGAAGAAAGUGCAUCACUGCGUGACGUGAAAGCUGAGCCAAUAGUAACAAGAAAUCCUGAAACUUGGAACGGCGCAUCAUUUUAUCGACACUUAAAUAUACUUAAGGGAAACGAAUCAACGGAGAGAGCAACAUCAGAUUGUUCGGCUUGUCGUCCACGAGGUAUAUUUUACGGACAGAUGCAUAGUCCAUCAGCGCCAACAAAUUAAAUUCAACCGACUUAGGAGGAAGGCGAACCCAAACCCAACUGCAACGAACGAACGAGUGAAGAAAAACAAGAUCAAUUUUUCCAUCAUCCUUAUUGCUUUCUUCUUGUUCCGCGAUUUGUGGAAUGUUCGUUAUUAUAACAAAAGGAAAAAAAAAAAA